UGGGGCGGGCGGAGGAUGCGGGCGCUGAGGGCGCUCCGGGCGCUGCGGCCCCGCAGGCUCCUGACGAUGGCGGCGGCGGCGGCGGCGGAGCUCGGGGCUCCCGGGGGUCCCCGGGGGAGCCGGGGGGCUCCGGUCUUGACCCCCGAGACCAUGAACCCCGCGAUUCGCCGCGUGGAGUACGCGGUGCGCGGCCCCAUCGUCACCCGCGCCUUGGAACUCGAGCAGGAGCUGCGUAAGGGUGUCCCCAAGCCCUUCACCGAGGUGAUCAAGGCCAACAUCGGUGACGCGCAAGCCAUGGGACAGAAGCCCAUCACCUUCCUGCGCCAGGUGACAGCGCUGUGCCUGUGCCCGGAGCUGCUCCAGGACCCGAACCUUCCCAACGACGCCAAGGAGCGGGCGCGGCGACUUUUGGCGGCCUGCGGUGGCCAGAGCGCGGGCUCCUACAGCGCCAGCCCCGGCAUCGAUUUGGUGCGGGAGGACGUGGCGCGCUACAUCCAGCGCCGCGACGGUGUCCCCGCCAGGGCCCAGGACAUCUUCCUGUCCACCGGCGCCAGCGACGCCAUCAUGAACAUCCUGAAGCUGCUGGUGUCGGGUUCGGGGUCGUCGCGCACGGGGGUGCUGAUCCCGAUCCCGCAGUACCCGCUGUACUCGGCCGCGCUGGCCGAGCUGGACGCGGUGCAGGUCAAUUAUUACCUGGCCGAAGAGCGCUGCUGGGCGCUGGACGUGGCCGAGCUGCGCCGGGCGCUGGCCGAGGGCCGCAAGCGCUGCUGCCCCCGCGUGCUCUGCAUCAUCAACCCCGGCAACCCCACCGGCCAGGUCCAGAGCCGGGAAUGCAUUGAGGAAGUCAUCAAAUUCGCCUACGAGGAGAAGCUUUUCCUCAUGGCCGACGAGGUGUACCAGGACAACAUCUACGCCCAGGGCUCGGCCUUCCACUCCUUCAAGAAGGUCUUGGUCGAGAUGGGGCCGCCCUACUCGGAGGUGGUGGAAUUGGCCUCCUUCCACUCCAUCUCCAAGGGAUUCAUGGGAGAGUGCGGGCUGCGGAGCGGAUAUGUGGAAGUGGUGAACAUGGACCCGGAGGUGAAGAUGCAGCUGUCCAAGCUCGUGUCCGUCCGGCUGUGCCCGCCCGUGCCCGGACAGAUGGUCCUGGAUGUGGUCAUGGAUCCGCCCAAACCCGGAGAGCCGUCCUACGAGCGCUUCCAGGCUGAGAAGGAGGCCGUGCUCAACUCCCUGGCGGAAAAGGCCCGGCUGACCCAGGAGAUCUUCAACCGGACCCCCGGGAUCCACUGCAACCCCGUGCAGGGCGCCAUGUACUCCUUCCCCCAGAUCGACCUCCCGGCUCGCGCCCUGGCCGCCGCCAAGGAGAAGAACCAGGCCCCGGACAUGUUCUUCUGCAUGAAGCUCCUGGAGGAAACCGGGAUCUGCGUCGUCCCGGGAAGCGGCUUCGGACAGCGGGAAGGCACCUUCCACUUCCGGAUGACCAUCCUGCCACCCACGGAUAAGCUGAAGAUCCUUCUGGAAAAACUCAGCGCCUUCUACACCAAGUUCGUCAAGGAAUUCUCUUAACGAGGGUGGCGUCCCCCACUCCCCCCCCAUUGUCACCUCCUGCCACCUCCAGCCCUCACCAUCCCAUAAUUCCCACCAGAUCCCGGUGAUCUCCAAGUGCCUCCAAGCUCUCCGUGCCUUUUUUUGGGGAAUUCCGGGGCAGGUCCCCCCUCCCCAUGCUGUCCCCGUGUCCCCUCAGGGGGUGUCCCCAAAUAAAGGACAGUGACCAGCA